AAGCAAGUUGAUUUAUACUAUACAUGCUGUACAUAACUGAAAGCAUUGCGAUUGCACUGUGGACACUGCGCUGUUGUCACAAACUCUGGCCAUUUACUUAACAGCCGCGCUGGCUCAAGAAUUGACAGCACAGAAUGUGUAUUGAGAAUGAACGCUGCGCCUACCCUAGGCUUUGAAGAGGACGUUGGUAAACACACCACAGUCAGAGUUAUAGGCCAUGCCAACAUAGGAAAGGCUCAAAUUCUCGAAAGUGAAGAGCCUAAAAUGGUUGUUAUACCGUGGCUGUAUGUAACAGAUAUCAACAGAGAAAAGAACGUGUAUUUCAAUAUAGCGAAAAGUCUGUCUGUAAAUCACAUGGAUGUUGAAUUCUAUCUAUUCAGUAAGGAUAAAGUUAAUAUAUCCGAACAAAUGUUCAAAGAAGAAACGGGAAUAAGUAUUCGGAAAGAUGCGCAUACCUGGUUAUCAACAGGAUGGAUGACUAUGAUAUUUGCAUUAGAUGUUUGUGAUCACAUUGAUGUUUACGGACUUGUUCCUGAAAAUCACUGCAGCAAAUUGACGAACUGGACUACACCGUAUCAUUACUACGAUCUUGUGUUCAGAUCAGAAUGCGGCUAUUAUAACGAAAGCGAAACCAGCUUAUUAAGAGGGCACAAGUUCCUAACGGAAAAGGCUGUAUAUGCAAAAUUGUAUCAAAAGUACAAUCUCAAUUUCUACUAUCCAACAUGGGAUGCCGAGGACUUGGAAACCAAUAACAACCGUACCAACAGCACUUUUUUAGAUACCCCGUAUCUUCGACGGUAUCAACACGCUAUGGAAACUGGUGAAAUGAAAGAAGCUUUGCUCGAACUUGAAAAGAAAGAACACAAAGUUCGAAGAAUUUCAAAGAAAACACUGAGAAAACGAAAAAAAAAGCUAUGAUUCAAAAGGCACGGACAAGGGUCAAAUUAACGAAAGCACGGAGACGAACCGCAAAGGCUGCACCUAAGAGUGGGAAUUCACCGGAACAAAAUAGCACAUUGCAAGUAGGCAGUGAUCAGAAAAAUAAUCAAUCUACAGGGUAUUAAGAGAAUUCAGAAACACUGGUAUAUAAUCUUCCUUAUGAUCGUGACAACCAAAACAAAAAGAACCUAGUAUUUUGCAUAUUAUGUCCAUCGAUUAUAUGCUGGGUCACCAAUAUAGGUGCCUAUUGGCAGGAGGGGGACAGAUGGUGGUCUUGAGGACGAUUUCAGCAGCACUUAUUUGUUACUAGUUACCCUGCUGUCGUAUAGUUAGGCCUAUAGCACAAAAGGGUUCGUCGACUGCAGAUAUCACAGGGAUUUCGGACCCCUGUAAUUCGUCCUCAGGCUUAUCCAUAGUGAAUUCCUCGCAAACGUUACGUACCCUGCCAAGCCGUGCCUUCCGUCAGAGAUGGCUCUCAUGUACUGUCAUCCUUUUUUAACGAUAGCGUUUAACCAUAGUAUAACAAUCUACUUUAUAGAAAGGUUAUAUGCUAUUACAUAUGCAUUAACAAUUGCCAUAUCAUAAUUCACCCCUUUCUUCCUUAUUGUUGUAAUUAUCAAUAUAACUAUACAUUAUAAUGAUAAUAUAAUAUACAAGCAUUUUUAACCAAUAUAAAAAUAAAUUAUCAAAGGCGUAAAGGUAUACCGUGUUCAGAGUGUACAAACAAAAAACGAUAAUGGUGGACAGAAAAAAAGAUAUGGUUGUUUUUUUUUAGUUCCAGAGUAAGAACUCUUUUAUUUGCAGACCGAAGACGAGAAUUUGGGACAUAGAGAUUGGGCGCCUAGGCCCUAUACUCGUAUUUUUAAGGAAACAUUUACAUCUGAAACAAAUCAAAU